AUGUCGCAGGCUCCGGAGGUCGCCGGAAACCCGUACACCGCCGAGCUCGCCGCAGCCAAGAAGGCCGUCGCCCUAGCGGCCCGCCUCUGCCAGAGAGUGCAGCGGGGCAUCUUGCAGUCUGACAUUCAAUCGAAGGCAGACAGGACUCCUGUUACAGUCGCGGAUUAUGGAUCACAGGUAUUGGUAUGUCUGGUCCUGAAGAAGGAAUUGCCUUCUCACUCUUUCUCAAUCGUAGCUGAAGAGGAUUCAAAAGACUUGAGAGAAGAUGGUGUCCAAGAAAUUCUAGAACACAUUACCACCCUGGUAAAUGAAACCAUCGUAAACGAUGGUUCAUACAACAUGUCGUUAUCCAAGGAAGAUGUGCUCGCUGCAAUUGAUGGGGGUAAAUCUGAGGGAGGUCCAUCUGGGCGACAUUGGAUAUUGGACCCAAUAGAUGGCACUAAAGGUUUCAUAAGGGGAGAUCAGUAUGCAGUUGCACUUGGACUACUUGAUGAGGGCAAAGUUGUUCUGGGUGUGUUGGGAUGUCCAAAUCUUCCAUUAAAAUCAACAAACAAGAACAAUGGCAGCUCUUCUGGGGAUCAAAUAGGUUCCCUCUUUUUUGCUACAAUUGGUUGUGGAGCGCAUGUUGAGGCCUUAGAAGGAUCUGAGCCACAAAAGAUUAGUGUUUGCUCCAUCAAUAAUCCAGUUGAUGCCUCAUUCUUUGAAUCCUUUGAAGCAUCACACUCCAAGCGUGAUUUAACUAGCUCCAUCACAGAGAAACUUAGUGUCCAAGCUCCUCCUGUUAGAAUGGAUAGCCAAGCAAAAUAUGGUGCCCUAGCACGUGGUGAUGGUGCCAUUUUUAUGCGCAUUCCGCACAAAGGUUACAUAGAAACAGUUUGGGAUCAUGCAGCUGGAUCAAUUGUUGUCACAGAAGCUGGUGGCAUGGUAAAAGAUGCCUCAGGAAACGAUUUGGAUUUUUCCAAAGGUAGAUAUCUUGAUCGUGACAGAGGAAUUAUUGCAACAAAUAAACAUUUAAUGCCACUGGUUCUAAAAGGCGGUUCAAGAGGCUAUGAAGGAGGAACAGUAGGCUGCUGUGCUCAUGGAGCAGUUGCAAAAUUUGUUAUGAAAUUUCCUGUUUGA